AAGACAGUGUUGUGUACACGACGUGUUUGGACGGUGUUUUGUAACGCUACCGUGCGAACGGAGUAAUAAGUCGGCAAACUGUAGGCCGGCCGCUACUUAAUGAUUGUGCGCGGAUGAGGUUUGCUGCUAAUGUUCAAGACGGAAAACUUGAGCUUUUAAGACGUGCGUGCUAACACAAAAACUGGAUGGAGGAGAACUUGCGUUUUUCCUGCCGAUAAAGAAAAGUAAUGGAAACUAAAGGGCUAUACCCGUCACUAGCAUCAUCGGCGCAGGCGCCCGGGGGCUGCCGCAGGGCGGGACCCAUAGCCAUGGGUGCCAGACGGCAUCGGAGGAGGCCCAGCGCACGCUGGAUGAUCCGCACGGGCGUACUUCUCGGGAUAUUUGCGAUCUCCACGCUCUACUUUGCUGCACUCGGCCGAGGAACAAGCUAUGAUAAUGCUGCAGGACACAGUGCAUACCGGUCCAGACACCUGCUCGCAUCUAACGCAACUGGGGGGCUCAGUGCCAUCGAGUCAUGUGACUUUGAGAUGCAGCACGUGACCGGACUGUUCGUCGUCGUUUACGUCAUUUUCAUCCUCAUUUUCUUCAUCUCGUUGGCCAUUAUCUGCGAUGAUUUCUUUGUGCCAUCCUUGGAGGUCAUCUCGGAGCGACUGGAGUUAUCUGAGGACGUGGCGGGCGCUACAUUCAUGGCCGCCGGCUCCUCGGCCCCGGAGCUGUUUACCUCACUCGCUGGCGUGACCGUUGAGAGUGACGUGGGCGUGGGAACGAUCGUGGGCUCGGCGCUGUUCAACAUCCUCAUCAUCAUCGCUCUGUCAGCUGCACUUGCUGGUCAGGUGCUCCAGUUAGACUGGCGUCCACUCCUCCGUGACAGCAUCUGCUACGGUGUGUCCAUAAUCUGUUUCAUCAUCUUCUCCUGGGACGGCAUAUUUGAGAUCUACGAGGCCAUUGUGCUAUUGGCGCUGUACGUCGUCUACAUAGCCAUCAUGAAGUUCAACAGUUCAAUCAUGGACUUGAAUUGCAAAAGGUGCCGAAAGGGUAAAGUGGAGCCCCUCGAGUCCGAGAACAGCCAGGCAGAGCUUGGGGAAGUCGACAAGGUCGCACCGACUGAUCAGGCGUUCACGCCCGCUGCGGCUACUCAUCAGAAGCAGACACCUCAUACGGAUCGCAAGCUAUCCAUCAUAUCUACAGCGUCUGGGGGCGUUUUGCCAAGGUCUUCUUCCUCUCACAAGCACAUAUUCCACCAUGUCAAGCACGGAGAACUCGCAGCCAACUUCGCCAGCAAGAGGCACUCCAUCACCGUGAUCCACCACGAGCAUCCAGUUCUGCCCGCCGUGCCGGCAAAGGCUGACGAUGACAAACCAGCCAAGCAAGAAAUGAUCGAGGAGGAUGAAAUCAUCGAUGAGGAGUUGACACUUCGGCCCAUCCCGUGUCUGCCAGCUAUCAGCAUGUACUACCCGGACCGUGAGGUCAUGCAGUCGCGGUGCGGCUGCCUGCGGUACGCCCUCAAGUGGCUCAUGUUCGUCAUCAGCUUUCCCUUCAUGUGCGCUUUCACCUGGACUAUACCAAACUGCAGCAAUCCCAAAUACAAGCGAUUCUACGUUCUCUCCUUCACACUAUCCAUCGUCUGGAUCGCCGUCUUGAGUUUCGCUAUGGUUACCUUGGUAAUCAAGGUGGGCUGCAUCCUCAAUAUUGAUCAUUACGCCAUGGGCAUCGUGUUCGUGGCGAUUGGUACCAGCGUUCCGGAUGCACUGAGCUCCGUAUUGGUUGCCCGAGACGGCUUCGGUGAUAUGGCGGUGUCUAACGCCAUAGGAUCCAACGUGUUUGACAUCAACCUAGGCCUUGGUCUACCCUUCCUCAUUAGCAUCCUCAUCUACAAAAGACCACUCAGUCUUCUCACUGAUUAUGAAUUCGGGCUGCUUGCCAGCGGCGAGCUGCUGAUGACGCCACAUGCAAAGUUUGGCUUCAUCCUCCUGGGCAUCCUUCUCUUAACUCUGUUCGUCUUCACGCUGGUCCGCUUCAAACUCAACAAGGUGGUCGGCGUCACCUUUGUCUGCAUCUACGUUCUCUUCUUGAUCUACGCGUUCUUGCAGGAGGUUGUCUGCAAGUAUGUCUGCUAACCCUGCCUCUAUUCACUAUAGGCCUCUUGGAGUUUAAGUGUCCGACUCCCCGCGGAUUAUUGGGUGUUUUCAAAACGGCGGCUUCGUCUCCGGCCUCGGCGUCAUCGUUGGUUUCAGAAUCAUUAAAGAAAGAAACCAAAAAUGGAAAUACUCCUAACCUUGACUUCCUGUUGCAGGAUCGAGUGUUCAGGAAUGCACACCGAACCAAUAUCAAGCCGGUGUUCUGCAACUUAUGGAUCUAGACCUAAAACCUUCUGACGCCAAAGCUGGAGACGAAGACGAGAUUUCGAAAACCCCUUUUAAAACGAUGAAGUUGCAGCAAACGUGGACACUUGGUGGCAACAGAGAACCCCAUUUUCCAAAUCAGGGCUCCGGCUCACACCUCGGCUACUACGCUAUAUUUAUUUGGGAAGCCUAGACGUUUGAAAUGAGUUGAACAUAAAGCCUUCGAUUCUGGAGCGUAAUAUAAUGGUGUUAAAAAGACAAAAUCGGCGGCUGUUUUUAGUUCAACAUAUCACGACGCUGAAUGUCUGCAGCUGAAGCGAUGUUUGGCAAAUGGCGUUACCAAUGUGGAUUUUCAUAAUACAUUUCCAAAAUUCAGACAGAAAAAAGUAAGGUUUUGAAGCACUGCUUAAACAUUUUGUCAACAGUGUUAAAUCAAGAGGCUUUAAGGACCGUUCAGUUGUUUUUCAUAAAUUUCAAAAGAUUAGUUUGAGGUCGAUUCACCAUGCGUUGUAUUUCCAACACUCAUUUGAAUAAUUACGAUCAGUUUGAAAAAAAAAAUAAUAAAGUUGUGAGAAUGUAAAUAGCAAUACAUGUACAGAGAUAGCGUAAUUUAUGAUUGUACAGCUGUUGUUGUAUAAAACAAAUCUCGGAGAUAUUUUGUGCGGGGUUGAAACUGUUUCUGACGAAAGAAUUGUCAAUGAACAAAGCAAUAUAUAAAACGGGCAAUUCUAGAACACACAGAACAAAGAGAGCCGAAGAUCAAACAGUUAUAUAUUUUCUUUGGAUUAGACUUAAAAGUUUUUUCCUUUUUAAGCCAACACUGGCACGUGUCAAAUCGUUGUAAAGAACAGUCAAAGAUAUUUUCCAACAGUUAGCUUUUCAAAGCAAGGUUUUGUAAGGUAUACAUGUUCUUGUAAAUAGAUAUAAUUAUUUUGCACUUCCCAGACAUCUAUCUAUUUUUCACGUGUACAGACAAUAAAAGUUUCUCGGCGUUGAAAAAAAAAUAGGCUCGUUUA